UGCUUUCCUCAAUCUCAAGAUUCUCAACGGUUAAAAAUUGUAACCCAAUUAGCUGUUCACACAAAAGAGGAAGAAGAAACAGAGCAACAAAAUCCUAUAAAACCUUCACAUUCAUCUUCUUCUUCUUCUUCUCCUAAUCCAAUGGCUCUUCCGUUGCCAUUGAUCUUCCUGUUAUUCUCCCAUUUCUUCGUUUCGGGGAUUGAGUCGACGAGCUUCAUUAUGGAGAACAAAUGUGAAUACACAGUCUGGCCGGGACUUCUCUCCAACGCCGGACAGCACCGGAUGCGUCGUGGAUCUGAACGGGUCCUGUCCGACGGAGCUGAGGGUGACGAGCGUCGACGGGGUAAAACAGUCGAUGGGCUGCAAAAGCGCUCAAAAAUCGUCUCAAGAUCAGAGCCCAGAACCGAAGGUGACUACGCCACCAGGGACGUCGACAAUUCCUGCCGGAGGAAGUACGACGUGGUCGCCGGUGGAUACAUCGAUGAUAUACGAAGGUGCUCUGGACCAGAGCAAAGGAUCACCGUCCACGUGUCCCCUUUCGUUAUGUGGAAUCACAGUCACACUCGCGCUGGCCUUUUGUCGGAUGUGGCGGCUCUUUUGAGCUAACUUUGUCUCCCGCGGCAAACACUGAAUCAGGACGAUGUGGGCCCUCACACUAAAGCCUUAUCUCGUCUCGGCCCAUGUGACCUUUUUCCUAAGAACGACGUCGGACUGAGUCAUAGUUGAAAAAAGGUGCAGCAAAAAAAAGAUCCUUGCACAAAUUUACAAAAGUACCCUCAUGGGAGGAUUCUUAAUCUCUGGGUGAGGAACACGUGGGAAAAGAAAGUGGGCUGCUGGUGGAAUUCAAAAAAAGAUGGGAACGAUAAUUGUAAGGUCACAGAAUAUUUGUUGGAUUUUUAAUGUAUAAUUAGGUAGAAUAUUAUGUACACUAUAUAUAAACUAAUCUAUGAGUUUAAAAUAUUGGGAAAAAUGAGGGAAUAUUUCAUUUGUUUGUUAUCAGAUGAUGCGUUGGCUAUUCGGAACACUGAAAUGAAUAAUACUAUUACAUUUUUCGUUCUUGCCUGAACCACUGUAUAUAAAAAAUAGAUUGACUUUAGUAGCGCAUGAGAGCC